CAUUUCCUGCCGCCCACCUACCCCUUCUCGAUACCGCACCCACCACCAAACACCUUCGCUCCAACUAACUAACUCUCUCUCUCUCUCUCUCUCUCUCUCCGUGUCACUUCCUCGACACUGAACCACCUUCGAUGGAGGCCAAGCUGCUCCAAGCUGCGUCUCCUGCGAUUGCGGCCCCUCCUCGCUUCUGCAAGCCUCCAAGGCACGACCAUGGCGUCUUCCUCCACGUGGGGCUCGGUCCCGGAUCACGCUCCGCGAGAGGAGGCAUUUCGUGCGCCCACGCUUCCGCCACUCCUGCUGGAUUCUCGCUGAAGAGAAGGAUAGACAGGAGCGAGAGCUUGAAGCUGGAGGGUAUAAGACAUUCUUUAAUUCGGCAAGAGGACAGCAUAAUAUUUGGCCUUCUUGAGAGAGCUCAAUAUUGUUACAAUGCUGAAACAUACGACCCUCAUGCAUUCUCAAUGGAUGGUUUUGAUGGUUCUUUGGUUGAGUUUAUGUUGAAGGAAACUGAAAAGCUUCAUGGUCAGGUCGGCAGAUACAAAAGCCCUGAUGAGCAUCCUUUCUUCCCAAAUGACUUGCCCGACCCAAUGUUGCCACCGCUGCAGUACCCACAGGUACUACAUCCGUUUGCAGAUUCAAUCAACAUAAAUGGUAAGGUUUGGCAAAUGUACUUUAGGGACCUCCUCCCAAGAUUGGUUAGUGAAGGAGAUGAUGGCAAUUAUGGGUCGACAGCUGUUUGUGACACAAUAUGCCUGCAGGCCCUCUCAAAGAGAAUACAUUAUGGUAAGUUUGUGGCCGAGGCAAAAUUCCUGGCCGCCCCUGAUGACUAUAAAGCCGCCAUUAUAGCCCAGGACAGGGACAGGCUCAUGGAUAUGUUGACAUAUCCAGCCGUCGAAGAGACGAUCAAGAAGCGAGUAGAAAUGAAAGCUAAAACCUUUGGGCAGGAGGUAAUUGUGGAUGUUGAAGGCCAUGAAGUUGACCCAGCAUAUAAGAUCGAGCCAAGCUUAAUAGCAGAUCUGUAUGGUGACUGGAUUAUGCCUUUGACAAAGGAUGUUCAAGUCGAGUAUUUGUUGAGGAGAUUGGAUUAAUCGACGGAGCAAGAGCUUCCUAAGCUAUUUAUCGCAAAUAAAACAUCUCUUUGUCAACACAAGCAUACGAUUGUCGGGUUUCGGAACUAUGUAUGUAAAGUACGAGGAUAUUACAAAGAUGUCUUGGGGAUACAAGAAAGAUAACAGCUCAUUUUAGAGCUGAAAUUCGCAUAUAUCAGACCGUUGGGUGUUUCGGAAUAGCAGAGGUAUCCACUUUCCAGGUUAUGCUUAUUCUCCCUCGAUGUUGAAGGAAAUGCGAAACCUUGUUCGUCUUCCGUCGUCUGCUCGAACUGAAACCAAACCAAAGUUUGUUCUUCA